GAAAAAUGACUGAAGUACCGCCGGUGGCUGCGCCAGCUGCGAAGGCUCCGGCUAAGAAGGCAGCGGUGGGCGCCCCCAAGCCCCGCAAGGCCUCCGGGCCCAGCGUGACGGAGCUGCUGACCCAGGCGGUGUCGGCCUCCAAGGAGCGCAGCGGGGUCUCCUUGGCCGCCCUCAAGAAGUCUCUGGCCGCUUCUGGCUACGACGUGGAGAAGAACAACAGCCGCAUCAAGCUGGGCCUCAAGAGCUUGGUGACCAAAGGGACGCUGCUGCAGACCAAAGGCACGGGAGCUUCGGGCUCCUUCAAGAUCAACAAGAAGCAGGCUGACACCAAGGACAAGGCGGCGGCCACAGGGGUCAAGAAGAGGCAGCCCGCCGCGGCUAAGGCCAAGAAGCCCGUCGCCAAGAGGCCCGCGGCCAAGAAAGUGAAGAAGGCGGUGGGGGCCAAGAAAAGCGUGAAGAAGGUGGCCAAGAAGCCCGCCUCGGUUGCCGGAGGGGCCAAGAAGUUGGCCAAGAGCCCCAAGAAAUCGAAGGUCACCAAGCCCAAGAAAACAACCAAGAGCCCCACCAAAACCCUGAAGCCUAAGGCUAAAGCCAAGCCUAAGCCCUCCAAGGGGAAGGUCGCCCCUAAAAAGAAGUGA